UCUUCUUCUUCCAUCUCUCCUCUCUCCUCUCUCCUCAAUGGCCAAGAUCCAGCCCCUUCCUUCGUCUUCCUGCUCCACCUCUUCCUCCGGAGAUCACCACCAGAACCGUCAAGCGUACACGGUGUGGAUGAAGUCGCUGGUGUUCAACGGCAACGGCUGCGCGGUGUACGGCCCCGACGGCGCCGUCGCCUUCCGCGUCGACAACUACGGCUGCAGGGGCGGCCGCGAGGUCCUCUUCAUGGACCGCGCCGGCAACGCCCUCAUCAGGAUCAGGCGCAAGGGCUUCGGCAUGUUCAGGAGGUGGGAGGUCUCCCGGUGCGCCCACAACGGCCACGAGGACGAGGAAGCGACGCCGUGGUUCAGCGUGCGACGGGCCGAGAAGGGCGGAGCCGCCGUGACGAUGCACGGCGGCGCGAGGACGUGCUACAGGAUCGCCGGGUGCUCCGGCGCGCGCAAGCCCGAGUACACAGUCCGCGGCGUCGAUGGCGCGGCCGUGGCAGAGGUGGCGCGGAAGCAGACGGCGGCGGGGGUGGUGCUAGGGGAGGACGUGCUGACGCUGACGGUGGCGCCGGAGGUGGAUCAGCUGCUCGUCCUGGGCUUGGUCGUAGUGCGUGGCCUCAUCAACCGCUCCUUGUGAUGGACGCCUGAAAUGCCAAUCCUCUUCUUCUCUAGCUAGGAACGUACUUACGUGAUGAGAGCACGUGUAGGCGGUCCAUGUGACUAUUGUUUUUUCAGACAAAAAAUUUAGGAAGUUUUUGCCCAAACUGAGGACAUGGUGACUCUUUUUGGUGUAGGUUUUUCCCCUUUCUCAAAGGGGGUGUUCAAGACCAUAUAUAGAUGUAACUGAAAGAAACAAAGUUCUUAAUUGAUUGUA